AUGAUCUCCUCGAGACCUCCCAUCCUGCCCCUGAACUUGCUGCCUGUGCUUAAUCCAAACCCCCAGCGCCACUAUCAAAGGCAGCACAGCUAUGACCACAUGCAGCCUCCUCCUCCAGUUUCCUCAUACUACUCCUAUGGCCAGGCGCCACCUCAUCUUCAGUACCAGCUGCCUUACUACGUGCCCGUGUACUACCCGCUGCCUCCCAUGGUGAGCCUGCCUCUGGCCAAACCGGCUGCAGACUAUAGGGUCCCAGAGAUCAUCAACAAACCCAUGAACAAGUGCCACAGAUGCGGUACUACGGAAACGCCAGAGUGGAAAAGAGGCCCCAACGGGUUGCGGACGCUAUGCAAUGCCUGUGGGCUUUUCCAUGCCAAGUUGGUCAGAAGAAAAGGAGCCGCCUGGGCUGCCGAGGAGGUGCUCAACAAUAAGGUGUGUAAGGGAAAGAACGGAAGAAGGAUUCUGGUGAAGAAACAGGCGCUAGACGAGUCGAAAAAGAGACUGAAGCAGGCGCAGGUGAUUGAAAUUCCUCCUCUUCCGUACCAGCAACAACAACAACAACAACAACAGCAGCAGCAGCAACAGGCUUCUCCUCCAGCAUCCAGCACUCCUGUUUCUACAAGCUCCUCAUCGGCGUCACCAGUGUACCACGAAUACCCCGUGUACAGGUGA